AUGAAGGCGGCCGGCGCCAGCUCCAAGGCAGGAGCCUCGAAGAAAGAGGACGCCAGCACGUCGAAGAAGGGCGACGCCAGCACAAGCAAAAAGGGCGACGAUGCAAGUGCCAGUAAGAAGGGCGACGAUGCCACUGCCAGCAAGAAGGGUGGCUCAAUGAAGGCGGGUGGUGCUAGCUCCAAGGCAGGUGCCUCGAAGAAGGAAGACGCCAGCACGUCAAAGAAGGGUGGCGCCUCCACCUCGAAGAAGGGUGACGCUAGCAGCAGCAAAAAGGGCGACGAUGCCGCCGGAGAUGACGCUUCUGCCUCGAAGAAGGGUGGCUCGAUGAAGGCCGGUGGUGCCAGCUCAAAGGCGUCCACCUCAAAGAAGGGUGGCGACGCCAGCACCAGUAAGAAGGCUGACGCCAGCACUUCGAAGAAAGCCGAUGCGAGCACUUCGAAGAAGGGCGGCGCCUCGGUGAAGGGCGCCUCAAAAGCGGGUUCCUCGAAGAAGGGCUAA